AUGGCUUCGGACGAUGAUAAACGCCCUCUUAAAGAGCUGCUUCAGCCAUUCACUCAGUUUCAAGCUCCACAAUCGAAUCUCGCCUCUUCACCUAUGAUAAUUCAAACAGCUUCAACAAUUAAAAAACCAUAUCAAAUUACUUUUUCUUCACGUGAUGAAGAAAUAAAAUAUACACAAAAGCUCUUAGAUAAUUGUACACUUUAUAAUGGUGAUCCGGAUAAUUUAAUGUCUUGGUUAAGAGACACAGGUGCAUUUAUUGUUAAAGAACGUUAUACAGAAACUGAUCAUCCAUUUAUUAUUUGUCAUUUACUAACCGAUGAUGCACUUGAUUAUUAUCUAGCUCAUGAAGACAUGAUCUUCAAUUUUUAUGAUCUUCGUAAAUUAUUAUUACAUAACCAAAAUAUAUUAGCACCUUUACGUACCUUGCCAACCCUUGAUUCCAUCGCCACUUUAUUUUUAACUGCUGCACCUCCUGCUCUCACGUCUACUCAACUUCCUAGUUCCACCACUGAUAAAACGACACCUAUGAUCACUUUUACGUUCGCUCAAUCACUAGAAGAUUUAACACAAAAUGAUAUUAGAAAAACUAUUAUUGAAAAUUUACAACGAAGCACUACAAAAUUUACUGGUGAACAUAAACAAGACGUUCUUAAAUGGUUGAAAACCAUCGAAAUUAAUUUCGAAACGGCAGACAUUUCAACUGUUAAGAAAUUCGAUUUAAUUCCAUAA